UAUGCUCAGUGACACAGAUGAAUACCUGAAACCAGAGGCACACUGAAUGGAAAUGAAAUUUUGGAAAGUCGUGUGUGCUGUAUGUGCCCUGCUCCUUAAUGCUUCAGGAGGCUCAUUCGCCCAGCUAAGUGUGUGUGGUCAACCUCGACUGAACACAAGGAUUGUUGGUGGUGAAAAUGCCUCUCCCGGGUCCUGGCCCUGGCAGGUCAGCAUUCAGAGAGGAGGCAGCCAUUUCUGUGGUGGCAGUCUGAUCAAUGAAAACUGGGUCUUAUCAGCUGCUCACUGUUUCCAAAGCGUUGCUGCAUCAUCUAUCAAAUUAUUUCUUGGAUUAGAAAAUCUGCAGGGUACAAACCCUAAUAUUCAGCAAAUAAAUGCUAUCAAAAUUAUCAUCCACCCAGACUUUAAUAUUUCCACCAUUAACAAUGACAUUGCACUAGUCCAGCUGUCCUCUUCAGUGACGUUUAACGAUUAUGUGUUGCCGGUGUGCCUCGCAACAGCCAACAGUUCUUUUCCUGGUGGAACAAAUGCCUGGGUCACUGGAUGGGGAAGAAUUGCUACUAAUGUGAAUCUGCCAGCCCCUCAAACCCUGCAAGAGGUGAAGGUGCCGAUUGUGAAUAACAGUGCCUGUACAAUUGCAUAUAGACGUGAUGUAACAAACAAUAUGAUAUGUGCUGGCGUGGCUGCAGGAGGAGAAGGUGCAUGCAAUGGAGAUUCUGGAGGUCCACUGGUGGUCAAGAUCAAUCAAACCUGGUUUCAGGCUGGGAUUGUGAGCUUUGGCACUACUGCAGGAUGUUCUGUCCGUGGCAUUCCCACUGUGUUCACCAGAGUGUCUCAGUACCAAGUCUGGAUUGAGAACGAAAUCAACAGCAAUCCACCUGGAUUAGUUACAUUCUCAAGUGGCAGUAAUGGCUCCCCCAACCUCUUCUGUCUGCUCCUUUCUUUUUCCAUCAUCCCCUUCCUCCUCUUUUCUAUACUCUUGUAAUGUUAGUUAAGUUGAAGACACAAGUACAGCCAAAAAGUGUAGACUAACGUAUUUACUGCAGUCAACUUAUUUAAAAAAAAAAAAAAACUUAGAGUACAAGUCAAAACUUCACCUUCUUAUUCAAUGGUUAAGAGAUAAAAAUCAGAAACUGGUCGUUUUCGUUCCUGACGGUUACUGAUUUUUAUGUACAUUAAUGAGGAAAAAAAAUUAACUUAAAUGAUUUUAGCAAAUGCCUGCAAUAUAACAAAGAGUGAAAAAUUUAAGGGGGUCUGAAUACUUUCCGUACCCACUGUACAUGUACUUUUAUUAUGUACUUUAUAUGCUUUUUAUUUUAUUAAGAAGGGCAACAGGUCUAGAAGCAGUUAUAGCACGUAACUAGAUAAAA